AUGCGGAACAAUAUCUGCCAUCUUCCAAAUGGCCUCUCCUUCACCGUCACGCCAGUCUUUGGCGGGGUCACCUUCAAGUCGAAUGAUAUGGCAACUACCAAUCCCACUUUUCCACCCGGUUGGACAGUCAUUAUUCACAGUGAAAAAGUCUCGGGCAUUUCUCCUGAACAGAGAGGACGAGAGGGCUCGGUGAACGGACAUCCCGCCGACGAUAAGAAUAAUGACGACGACAAGACUGUCCGAUUCACGACCCCCACUUUGAAUCGCGAUUGUAUCUACAUCUCUUAUAUUGUCAACCCACCCUCCAGCGAGUUCAAACCAGUCACUUCACCUACUCGUCAGAUUGCAAUGAUGCUCUGGGCUACAUUAUUGUGGUAUUUCCAUGAGCCCAAGCCCGAUCCUCAUCUUCAAACUGUUGCCUCAAGUUCGACCCCUCAUGCGGGGCAACCUAAGGGCGAGUGGCGCGUCAAUAUUCGACGCGAGGGCAUUUUCAAGGGCCGGAACCUCUUGCAGAAGCUGGAGCGCAUGGGGAUAGUUUCAAAUGAAGACUCUUCCGUCGGAUUGCAGCCCGUCGAGACACGCGACUCAGCUAGCUGGUCGAAGAUUCACUUGCCGACUUACUACCCACCGGCGCCUACUCAAUAUACCUUCACGAAUGGGUUGCGCCAUCCUAUUCGUCCCAAGCCACCCCAUCAAGGAGAGGUCUUCUAUGUUCGCCACGUUCCUAGUGUGGGACAGUAUCUCUCAUUCCGCAUUCCUUUCCUCCCAGCCACCAAGCCGGCUCAAAGUGACAGUCGGCCCACAACACCAACGAGACCCGUCAGUUCUCAUGUCACGAGCGUGAAACAACACCUCUCCCAAAGCUUAUCAUCAGAUCUCGAUACCCUGCACCGGUGGAUGAACGACCCCCGCGUAGAAGCCAUGUGGGGGGUGGGCGGACCAAAGCCCGUCCAAGAAAAGUUUUUGCUAGACAACCUAUCUAGCCGGCACAGCUUCCCUGUCAUUGGAUGCUGGGACGGAAAGCCAUUCGGCUAUUUUGAAAUUUACUGGGUCAAGGAAGAUCCCCUUGGUCGACUGCUUGAUCGAGUUGAUAACUACGACCGGGGCAUUCAUGUUCUUGUUGGCGAACAAGAAUUCCGCGGGCCCCACCGCGUCAUCCUCUGGCUCACUGCUUUGGUGCAUCACUGCUUCUUGGCUGAUAUGCGCACUGAGGCGGUCGUUCUUGAACCGCGCGUUGAUAAUCUCAAACUGAUUAAUUAUUUGCUACAAGUUGGGUUUUAUAAAGAGGGAGAAGUUAGCUUCCCGCACAAGCAGUCUGCUGUUAUGAAGAUCAAGCGCGAAUACUGGGAUGCGCCCGCCAUUUGA